AUGAAGUACACCCGCAUGCCCAUUGAGGUCGAAUCCCCCGAGGAAUACGGCUACGAAAAGAUCAAAUACAAUCUCUCCGAGAGUUCCAUCGCAGACCAGACCCUAGGAUCCUUAGGUCUUCAAAUCCCCGAUCUGAAGCUCCUGUACAACGAGCACAAGGGCAGCACAGCGCUCCGCACCCUCAUCGUCAAAGACCACGAUAAUCCCACCCACGACGAUGUGCUCAUUACAUCCGGCGCGGCGGGCGCUCUCUUUAUCAUCUCGAGCUCCCAGCUUGCACCGACCGAUCACCUCGUCGUUGUUCGUCCGAACUACGCCACGAAUCUUGAGACGCCACGUGCGAUCGGUUGUGAGAUAACGUUUAUUGAUUUGUCCUUUGAAUCGGGAUUUCAGAUCGACAUCACCGCAGUUGAGGCUGCUAUCCAACCAAACACCAAGAUGAUUAGUAUCACUACACCGCAUAACCCCACUGGUACUAUCGUGGACCGCGACACACUGGACAGACUCGUCUCCUUGACCAAGGAGAGAGGAAUCAUUUUACUAGUCGACGAAACCUACGCCGAUAUCUCGUACCAAGGCCGUCUCCCUAUUGCUGCUUCCCUAGGUGACCAUGUCAUCAGUGUUUCUUCCCUAUCCAAAUCCUACGGAAUCCCUGGUAUCAGACUGGGGUGGAUUAUUAACAAGAACCCCAAGUUGCAGGAAACGUUCUUAGCCGCCAAAGAACAGAUCAGCAUCAGCGGCAGUGUCAUCGAUGAGUGGAUUGCUGAACAGGUUCUCUGCCACAAGGACAAGAUCCUGAGUGCUACCACGAAGGAAAUGGACCAGCGUCGCGAGAUUGUGGCGGAUUGGAUCAAGAAGGAGGGAGAGUUGAUUGAAUGGGUGAGGCCAGAGGGGGGUGUUGUUUGUUUUCCUCAUCUGAAGAAAGAGCCUGUGGGUGGUAUGGAUGCUUUUUAUCAUCGGUUGUUACAUAAAUAUGGGACCUAUGUUGGGCCUGGGCAUUGGUUUGAGCAGCCGGAUACUUUCAUGCGUAUUGGGUAUGGGUGGCCGAGUGUGGAGGAGUUAAAGGGCGGGCUUGAGGCUAUUUCUAUGGCUCUUCGUGAAGCGUAA